CCCCCAGCCACCUCCCCUUUGCCCCCUGCCUCCCUGCCACGGGCCACUUCAACCACCCCCCACCCAGCGUACAGCUAACAACACUCGCUCCUUGGUUCUCGCACCCUAUCUGACCCGCACAAAAAAUCCAUUCAUCUAUCGAUCCCAAAAAUAAAACAAUGUCUGACACGCAAUCUCCUCCCCGCCCGGGCGGAGAGCGUCCCGAUUCCACGCUCGGCGACCAAUUCGAAUCCCGCUUUGCACCCCAGUGGCAUGUCGGGUUCGGCAGUUCGAACGAACGAGGUGGGGCUGAUGAAGAGACUGUCGAUACCUCGCCUGCUACCACCCGCCGACCGAGCCCUUUGCCAGAGGCCACGUCCGCACCCGCUGCGCACGAAAAGGAAGUAGAGAGAGAAGCGUCUACGAUGGAAGAGCUGGACGAGCUGGAUGAAGACUCUCCCGCGCCGGUGCAUGACCGACUUGAAGAGGAGAGAAAAGCGAGGCAACUCAUGGAGGAAGAUGCGCACCUUGCCAAGAGGAGAAAACAACACCCCCACGGCUCGCCUCUCCCCUCGCCGCCACCUACUACUGUGCCAGCUUCUGCCCACCACCUCACAGCGGGAUCUUGCCCCGGUGACGGGAGGUGCAAUGGCGCCGGAGGCAAAGCUGGAUGCGAAGGUUGCCCGACUUACAACAAUUCCAUCGCCUCUGGCCUCGUCUCUGACCGUGCGCCCCCGACCCACGGCCAUCCCCACUCCGCCCCCUUGUCGGAAGGUAUCGACCGCCCGCGAUAUCAUGAACGCGAAGGCAAGCCAUACGGAUUGGACAGGUUUAUGGAAGGCGUCAACCACAACCUCGGCCGACCUACUUCUCUCCCGUCCCCCUCGCCCGACCAUGCGGUACAGCGUCAGCAUGAAAGCCCGGUGACGACCCAGCCGUUGCAACACCCCGGGUCUGACAAGGGUACGCCCUCGAGGUUCAGUCCUGAUAGCGAUGAUGCGCCGGCGGGCACGACGAAUGGUUCCGGGUUGGCUGCUACGCCUGUUGGUAUGAGUUGUCGGAAUUGCGGGACGAGUACGACGCCUUUGUGGCGACGUGAUGAAGAAGGCAGGCCGCAGUGCAAUGCCUGUGGACUGUAUCACAAACUUCACGGUGUCCCGCGCCCUGUCGCUAUGAAAAAGACCGUCAUCAAGCGCCGAAAACGUGUGCCCGCUGUUGGCAGCGGGGCCACAGCGACUCCGAGUUCGUCGACUACCCGCGCCAUCACCGCCGCGCCCGACCAGCCUUCGCCCGGACCCACCACGGCCCAAAUGCCCAGCGUCACCGCGCCCCCACCGCAUGUACCGCCGCCUAUCGAAGACAAGAUGCGCGUGGGCUCACCGCCUUAUGCCCAUCGAGCGCCGCCCUCGCAGCACCAUACCGAUCACCGGGGCCAUCAUCCCCAUGCGCAAGAGUUUAUCCAGGGUCGGUAUGCCAAGCCGAGCUCGAAUUCGGGCAACCCGGGACAGGGCAAGAAGUGGUGGAGUGAUGGAAGGGAUCGGGAGAAGGAGGAGAAGGAUAGGGAAGCGAGGGAACGAGAAGGCAUGGCCCAUCAGCUUGCUGCUGAAGCGCUCUUGACCAUGGCUCCCUCUGCCAGCAAUGCUUCGCCCGAAAAACGGGUGAGCGCGACGCCAGCCAGAGGCGGGGAUGUGGAGAUGGGCGAGCCGGAGCAGAGGGGGGUGAAGCGAAAGUCUGAUGUAGAUGAUGCGAGAGAGAGGGAGAGGGAACGGGAGAGGGAGAGAGAAAGGGAGAGGGAGCGCGACCCGAGACACCCUGCGAUGAGCCUCGGCUUGCACGGGAUGGAUAGGGACAGAAACAGGUCGAAGGAAUACUCCAACUCGCCCCUUCCUCUCGCUGAACGCCCUCAUGCCCUUCCCGGCUCUAGGCUCGGCCAACCUCCGACCCACGGCAGCCCGGCGUACCCCCCCGGCCAACCUGGAGCCCCAAACAGGUACUCUGUCUAUGGCCCGACGACGAGGGAUCCGAUGGCUGGUAACUCGCCGUACUCGUUCAAUGCGUCAAGGUAUUCGAAUUUGCAUGUCAGGAGGGAUAUGUCGCCUUCGAUUGGCGCUGGAGGGAAGGGAGUCUCGCCCCCUAGGAGAGCGUCGCCUGCUCCUGGGUCUGAUCCGAGGGAUAGGUUCUACGGCAAUACUUCUGCUUCGGGCCCUGUCACCGCCACCGCCACCGCCACAUCUGCCGCUGGCGCCGUCCCCGGCGCGUACGGCCACUACUCUAUGGGCCGACGCGAGCUCCAAGAACACCGCGAACAGCUCAAAGAAGGCAAACGCUGGUUAGAAGCGAUGCUGGCCAAGACGGAAAAGAUGCUGAACAUGGUGGAAAACAAGAUUGGCUUGACUGUCGAUCUGCCGUCCGCCCCGCCCGCUCAUGGUCAUCCAGCGCAAGAGAGGCAUGUGUCGGGUUCCUCCGUGCCGCCGAAUGUGAGCCCCAAUGCUGCUCCAGGCCAGCCCAGGUUGCAAGAAGACUGGGAGUACGAAGAGCGGGAGCGUAGGCGGGAGAAGGAGAUUCUGCGUUUGGAGCAGGAGCGGGAGAUGGAUAUGGUCGACAGGGAGAAGAGGGAGAGGGAUAGGGCGGCGGCAGCGGCGAUUGCUGCUGGGGUGUUUGAUGAGCACCGGGGCAGGCCUAGGGAGAAGGGAGAGCAUGAGCAGAAUCGGGAUCGGAUCUUGGCUAGUCGUAGAGUCUCUGCCAUCUCGCCUGGACCUGCGGGCCCCGGUAGGUCGCCAAACCUUUCCAUGAGGAACGCUGGGAUUGCCAGGGAGAGGGAGAGCGAGGGACCGGCCGGUGAGAGGGAGAAGACGAAUGGCCCUUUGCCUGUCAAUGGCGUGUUGAAGAGGGAAGGCAGCAGUCAGUGGGAUGGAGAGCCGGUUUUGGCUGGGGUGCCUUUGCCCAGGAGGGAGAGGGAGCAGCAGCAGAACGGUGCCGGGAGGACGCUGAGCCGGGGUCUUUGGAGCUUUGACGUGAGGAGCUAAGGGGUUAUAUAAGAUUCUGAUUAGGGUGUACGAUGAGGGGAUUCUGGUAGAGAUAGUAUAGUAGGUAUAUCCAACGCUGUUCUGCGUGAAUGUAGCUUCUAAAUGCAUGAGAAGUGUACCGCUC